CCUGUCCAAUUACAAGAUGAUUUAUCAUAUAUAUAUGUAUGUAUAGAGUUCUGUCAAUCAUUCUCAGUUUCUCGGCUUUCUGUGAUCUUUAGGCUGCUCGUCUGUCAUGCUUACAUGAACCUAAUUCAAUUGCCAACACUGGGGCCAAUCUUUGUCAUGGACGUGUUACUCUGAUGUUGCGGAAUAAACCACACACACACACACACACAUGCACCAAAAAAAAAAAAAGAAGCAAGAAGAAUCAAUCACAAACAAGAAAACGUGACCCACAGAUUUACGUGGUUCGGCAAGAUUGCCCAUGUCCACGGCUCACACUAGUUCUACUAUACUGAAAGAAGAGAAUAGUACAAUACAGUUGCCAUGAAGACAAUAAUAUAUAUGUUAGGGUUUACAUCAACAAAUUAUUGUUUCAAGUAUUGUUAAAUGUUCUAGGCUAGCCUCAAUUGAUUGAAUAACUGUGCUGGCUUGUUAAAUUAGAAGUGGAAAAAAUGGAAGCUCGCCCUGCUUUAUCUAUUCAGAGCUCAAGUACAGGACAACUCAGCAAUCUUGGAGCUUCUGGAGCUCUAUCAUCAUCUUUACCCAUUCUUCCCUCUGAAGAGAAAUAUCCUCAGUUGCCCGACUCUCAACAGGUUUCCAUGGAGAGGGAAAUUAAUGCAAAUUCUGUGGGUCUUCUUUCUUCUUUACCCUCCAACAGCGAGGUUGCUGGUCCUAUGUUUUCAUCUAUGUCAGGAUUCUCCAAUAAUCUCCAUUUUUCUUCCAUUGCACAUCUUGAAAAGCAUUCAAGAAAGUAUCCCUUUAUUUCUCAGUCAUCAAAAAGUGGUACAUCAAUGCCACUAGAUCGUUGUGAUUCUGGGAUGCUCCAAUCUACAGCAUCGAGCAACAAUUAUUCCUGGUGUGCAGAUUCACCACCAGAUUUCUUCAAUUAUCCUGUUAAUGCUCCUACCCGGAACUGUCAAAUAGGAAGCUGCAAUAAUGGUGUUUGUACCAUGGCAACUGAAGACCUUAGUAAACGAACCGACUGGCACGAUUGGGCAGACCAGCUAAUCAAUGAUGAUGAUUCCUUGACAACUAAUUGGAAUGAACUUUUUGUUGAUAGCAGUGUUGAAGAUCCAGAACCAAAGAUAGCAUAUCAGGGGGUGAAACCAUCAACAAAUUUUUUGGCAGUCCAGCCCCAAGUACCCCAGCAGAUUCCAGCUCCAUCUGGAGAGCCUUGUGGUGUUCUUAGUUCCACAACCUCAGCAAGUAGUGCACCGAUCAAACCACGCAUGCGUUGGACGCCUGAACUUCAUGAGGCUUUUGUUGAAGCGGUCAAUAAGCUUGGCGGCAGCGAAAAAGCUACUCCUAAGGGUGUACUGAAGCUAAUGAAAGUAGAAAGUUUGACAAUCUAUCAUGUGAAGAGCCACCUUCAGAAGUAUAGAACAGCCAGAUACAGGCCAGAGUCAUCAGACGGAUCCUCAGAGAAAAGGUUGACUCCUAUUGAGGAAUUGACAUCUCUGGACUUGAAAAUGGGUAUUGACAUCACUGAAGCAUUACGAUUACAGGUGGAAGUCCAGAAGCGCCUGCAUGACCAGUUAGAGAUCCAAAGAAAGCUACAGCUGCGAAUAGAAGAACAAGGGAGAAACCUCCAGAUGAUGUUUGAGAAGCAAUGCAAAGGAGGUGACUUUCUUAAGACCUCGUCAUCCUCCGCCCUGGAAAACCCUUCUUCUGCUGAGAUGAUGGAUGCAAUUCCAAAUUCCCCUACUUCCAAUAAUGAAUCAGGAGCCUCUCAGUUGGACCAACAAGAAAGUGAAAAUGCCAAGGUUAACGCCAACACGGCAUCAGUGCAAGUUUCCAGCAAAUUGGGAGAGAAACAAAAGGCUCCUGGAAGUGAAGCUUCCGAGGAUCUUGAGGCAAAUGUUGUUGGUGGAUCUAGUUCCCAACCCUCAAGGCGUGCAAAACCAGGUGAAUAAGCCAUAUCAUCUGACAAAUCAUCUUAGGGUUGACAGUGGAAUAUAUCAGUAGUAGGAUAGACUUUUAGCUGAAUGGUGCAAGGAGCUUUGUAACUCUCAUAUCCAGAUUGGCACUUCUUUUAACAUUUAAAAAUAUAAAAUAAAUAUAAAAAAAAAAAUUGCUCCUUUUUAGUUAAAUUCUCGUUAUGACAAUUCUCCAUAGUUUUUCUUUUAUUUAAGCAAUGAUGAAUUUUGCAAA